UGCCUUUAUCCACAAGUUCAGAAAUCGCGAGGAUAUGAAGUGAACGGCAAUGGCUUUAGUAGCUUCAUCUUCAUCGUUUUUCUCUGCCCUCACUCAUUCGCAUAUUCCUCCAUGGGGUGACAGAAACAAAAGGAGGUCCAAUUUUCUGAGGAUCAUCCCUCGCUCUUGUCUCGACGACAGUUCCUCUCUGUCCCAAGCAGCUCAAUACACUGUGGAUACAUACGUAAAAAGUGGCAUGAUUGUAGGAUUGGGGUCUGGUCAGGCUUCUGGUUUGGCCAUUAGGCAUUUGGGCCGGCAACUUCAUACUGGUGCUUUAAAGGAUGUAGUAGGGAUCCCUAUGUGAGUUUAACACCCUUGUAGAACUAUAAUUGACGUUUUAAUAUCAUACAUAUGCCAAUUUCAACUUUGUGUUUCUCGGCCUUUUUCACGCUUCUUUCCUUUGAAUUCUUAUUGUUUUAGACAAAGCUUAUGACAAGUUUGGAUCACUAUUGCUCUGAUAUGCCGUACUACUUCCAAUUAGUAACUUGGUGCUUGUUUGGCAUCACCUAUACAAGCACUUGUAAAUAUGUUUCACGUAAACUGGAACAAAACUCCUCUCACAUACUUAUCUCAUAUUCCACAAAUCACAAUUGAAAAGCUGCUUAUAAGUUAUUCAAAUGAUUCCUUAACAUUUAAUUUCCACCGAAUCAGGUGAGAUAGAUGCUUUGCUCUGUGCA